UGCACCUCCGACUAGCGUGAUCAACAUCUUUCAGUACUUGAUAACGUCCUUCCCGUGUUGAAGACUUCGUGGCUGCCGGGCCUCAUUGUUGUUCUCCAAAUUUUGCUGUGUAAAAACUCGUUCACUCUGUUGGUGGCUUAUCAGAUCCUGCCGCUUCAAAGUCUUUCAUUGUUGACAGUUGGACCGAGUGAACAACCUGACGAACCUUUGAUCCCCAACGAACCUUGACUUCCGCUAUCUGUUCACCCAACAGUCGUCGAGUUCACCAUGGCGACCUUGGAUGGUGAAGGGCUACAUAAGCCCCAAGACAUCAUGAUGUCUCCGUGGGCUGUUCAACGAUACGACGAGCCCGGAGGCCACAACCUUCCCACGACUUUCGAUAUCGACUAUCAGAACUUGUCCCUAUUACUCCAAGAAGCAGCCAUAUUAUACCCACAGUGCGCAAAACCGAAGCUCUACCCUACCACUCAGCCCUACAUUCCAGUCCCCGUUACCACGCCCGUGGUCCCGGUAUCGUUGCGAUCUGGAUCUGUCACAGUGGGAGUGGUGACGAAGGACCCCUAUUCGGAAGGAAACCGAUCGGGCCAGGGCCCCAACCACACCACCGAUUACCGAGAAUACGACACAUCAUCGGCUGUACCCCUGAGGCAAGGAAGACACAAUAACAAACUUCCGCUUUCGGAUGCCUGUUGUGGGACGGCCGUCAACAUGGGUAGUAGCCGUCAGGAACCUUCAACCGAGUCUUUGUGGACCGGGAUCAAACCCGCUGUGCUCCUCAACGGGACAUGGACCAAACCACGUCAUGUCAACAAGGAUGGCCAUAUCUUCAGGAAAUUGGAGUUUGAAGUGCCAUUAGACCAUCAUCAUCAUCACAGCUCGCAGAAAGAUGCCCUGAAACUGCAUGCAGAACUUGUAGACAGCUUUCCCGACCCCAAGCCCACCACUCCAGAUGUUCUCAGUAGUCCAAUAUCCCCCCAAAAGCCCAUCAUCCUCUACCUCUGCGGCGGUCCCGGAGACGGAAAUCCCUCCGACAGGGUCCCCGAGCUGAACAAGUUCUGUAUAGACAGAGGCUACCAAGUCCUCUACGUCCACUACCGAGGAACCGGCCUCAGCCCCUUAUUCUCCGACUCAGCAGCCAAGAACAAGGUCAUGCGAAUGUCGGAUCAAGACAAAGCCAACUACCUCGCCAAGUUCCGACAGGACAACAUCGUUCGCGAUCUCGAAGCUAUCCGACUGUGUCUCGAAAAAGAACUUCCUACCAAAAUCAAGUGGACACUCCUAGGCCAGUCUUUCGGCGGAUGGGUCGCCACCACCUACCUCUCCUUCCUACCGCAAUCCCUAGAAGCCGUAUACAUCAGCGCCGGAAUGCCACCACUAGGCAAGACGCCACGGGAGGUAUACGAGAAGACCUAUUCCCACAUCGUCAAGCGGAACGAGGACUACUUCAAUGAGUACUUCCCGGAAGAUCAAGAGCAUGUUAGGACUAUCGUCGAGCAUUUGCGAGGUAAAGCGCCGAUGCAGAAGGGGGUCGACGGACAGCCGUUCAGAGGGUACGAACUUUAUGGAGAGAAUGGAGAGCGGAAAGGGUGUUAUCUGACUUACCAGACUUUCAUGACGCUGGGGAGGACGUUCGGGUCUGCGCCUGUUGUUCGCAGGGACCGGGAUAUGGACGAAGAAGAAUACGAACGGCCAUCCCUCGCCAGUUCCAUCGGUGCUCUCACCAUUAACCCCAGCAAGAGCUCUUUGGCAUCCAGCACCACCCAUAUUUCAGGCACACCACCACUUAGCGCCUCGUACCGAUCUUCCUCCACCAGCUUCACAUCCCUCUCAUCCCUUCCAGAUACCUCCCUAACACCAGAAAUCCCACUCCCCUACCAAAAACUCCACAACCUAAUAACACGCCUCAUCUCCGACCUCAACUCAUCCAAGGGAAUCUCCAGCGCAACACUAACCAUCUACACCCACCUCGAAUCCUUCGCCCUCCACCGCCGCCCUCUCUACGCCCUCCUGCACGAAGCCAUCUACUGCUCCUCCACUUGCCCUCUCACCCGCCAAGCAUCGAACUGGGCCGCAACCGAAGUCGCGCUUUUCCAUCCAUCGGGUGGGUUUUCGUGGCUUAACACUUCCUCUUCCCCUUCCUCAUCUUCUACCACUAUCCCAUCAAAGAGGAAGGGGGAUAAGGAGAAGAUGUACUUCACAGGCGAAACCCUCCACCCCUCCCCCACUCUCUCCUCUCUCGGCGGUUCGGCUAUCGUGCCCUUUCUGGGUGCAGCCGAUAUUUUGGCGCGGAAGGGGGAUUGGCCUGCUUUGUAUGACCUUUCUUCCUUGAACAAGAACAGGGAAAGGGGGGUAAAGGUGAGGGCGGUGGCGUACCAAGAGGAUAUGUACGUCGAUUUGGAGCUGUCGAAGCAAGCGGCGGGGAUGAUUGGGGGGUGUGAGUUGGUUGUUUGUCCUUUUAGGGAGUGGGGGCAUGGGAGUAUUAAGGAAACGGACAAAACGGGGAGGGUGUUGGGGUGGUUGUUUGAUGGGUUUAAUUAAGGGGGUAUGAGGGCGUUUGAGGUAGGGAGGAUGAGUGACUGGAGGAGAGCGGAGGAUGUUGAGAAGAGAGAGAGAGAGGUGAUAGCCGGGUGGAAGGUGGAAAUGCCACGUUACGGGUACUGCGUAGAUGGGAAGGCGGCGACGGCGUUUGGAGGGUUUUUGGGGCAUUGAACGGUGAAUUUCUGGGUUGAUUGUGGAGUGUUCGCAUAUGGUAUUCUGGUGUUGAAUCUCCUUUUGGGACUGUCUUUCUCGUGCUGGAUUAGAGGAAGAGUGCUUCGUUCAGGGCUCAAGUUGUUUUUCCCCAUCUUGGCAGGUAGAUCAUAAUUGGAAGGCGAGUAAGAUGCGAU